AGUUCCCGCGAGAUGUGACGGAAGCCUGUGGGGGACGCGGGCUUUAAUGUGCGGUUCGGCCGGCGGUCGUGUGAGGGGACCACUGUCAUGAAAAGGAGGUUAUAAUAAGUUCACCUUAUGAAAAUCAGCUUACAUGUGAAAUUUGCCAGGUAAUACAAGGACCUGUGGAAUAUGAGUGAUGACAAACCCUUUUUAUGCACUGCCCCUGGAUGCGGACAGCGUUUUACCAACGAGGAUCAUUUGGCUGUCCAUAAACAUAAACAUGAGAUGACACUGAAAUUUGGUCCAGCUCGUAAUGACAGUGUCAUUGUAGCUGAUCAGACCCCAACACCAACCCGAUUCCUGAAGAAUUGCGAAGAAGUGGGUUUAUUCAAUGAACUAGCAAGUCCUUUUGAAAAUGAAUUCAAAAAAGCUUCUGAAGAUGAUAUUAAAAAAAUGCCUCUAGAUUUAUCGCCUCUUGCAACACCAAUUAUAAGGAAUAAGAUUGAAGAGCCUUCAGUUGUUGAGACAACUCACCAGGAUAGCCCUUUACCUCAUCCAGAGUCCACUACCAAUGAUGAAAAGGAAGUGUCUCUGCAGCAGACCGCGCAGCCGACAUCAACGAUUGUUCGUCCAGCUUCUCUACAGGUUCCUAAUGUGCUGCUUGCGAGUUCUGACUCGAGCGUCAUUAUUCAGCAAGCCAUACCUUCACCAACUUCUAGCACCGUCAUAACACAGGCGCCAUCCUCCAACAGGUCAAUAGUACCAGUGCCAGGUCCUUUCCCUCUGCUGUUACAUCUUCCUAAUGGACAAACCAUGCCUGUUGCUAUUCCCGCCUCGAUCACAAAUUCGAACGUGCAUGUCCCAACUGCGGUUCCGCUUGUUAGACCUGUCACCAUGGUGCCUAGUAUUCCAGGAAUUCCCGGGCCUUCUUCCCCACAGCCUGUGCAGUCAGAAGCUAAAUUGAGAUUAAAAGCUGCCCUGACUCAGCAGCACUCUCAGGUAACGAACGGAGAUACCGCCAAGGGACAGACGAGCGGGUUGGUUAGGACUCAGUCCGAAGAAGCACGACCGCAGUCGCUACAACAGCCUGCCACAUCUACUACUGAAACACCGGCUUCUCCAGCUCAGCCUGCACCUCAAACUCCGAGCACAGGCGGUCGCCGAAGAAGAGCAGCAAACGAAGAUCCUGACGAGAAGAGGCGAAAAUUCCUAGAGCGGAACAGAGCAGCCGCUUCAAGAUGUAGGCAAAAAAGGAAAGUCUGGGUACAAUCUUUGGAGAAGAAAGCAGAAGAUCUGAGCUCAUUAAAUGGUCAAUUACAGAGUGAAGUCACCCUGCUGAGAAAUGAAGUGGCACAGCUGAAACAGCUUCUUCUGGCUCAUAAAGAUUGCCCUGUAACCGCCAUGCAGAAGAAAUCUGGCUAUCAUACUGCAGAUAAAGAUGAUAGUUCUGAAGACAUUUCCGUGCCAAGCAGUCCACACGCAGAAGCUAUUCAGCAUAGUUCUGUCAGCACUUCCAACGGAGUAAGUUCGACCUCCAAGGCAGAAGCAGUGGCAACAUCAGUUCUCACCCAGAUGGCAGACCAGAGUACAGAGCCGGCGCUUUCACAAAUUGUCAUGGCUCCUCCGUCCCAAUCACAGCCUUCAGGAAGUUGAUUAAAAAACUCGCAUUGUUUUCUUAGAUAUUCCUUAGCAAACUUCAAAGGGAAACCAAGGAAAAAUCAGCCUUCACCUAGGAGAAUUUCUGUAGCUUAAAAAUUAUUCACCUGUAAAAUUCAAACUUGAAUUUGGCUUUGAAAGUUGGCAAA